AUGCGAUUCGCCAGCAUCGCCGUUGGUGCCGCUGCCCUCCUGGCUGCCGGUACCGAUGCAGCCGUCCUCCGGCGUGACGGUCCGCGGCUCGCCCAAAUCCGCGCCUUCGGCGCUGAAGGUUGCCAUAACCUGAACUAUGGCUUUUACACCAUCGACCAGUCUGAUGCCAACACCUGUCACACUUUCGUCGGCCUCCCCGAGGGCGCCGUCGCUAAUUCCGUCAAACUCGAAGCCGUUUACUCGCCCGCCGCCAACGGAUGCACCUCGGUGCUACCUGCGGGGGCAUAG